UCACCUGUACAGGUCCAAAUAGCGAAGCCCUUUAUGCCGAGUUGUGGAAACCCGGCAAGUAGCCGGGUUUUGGUGCUUUAGAAUAAUGUGGAGAAGCUGGGUCUUUCUUGAGAUGUCUGGGAAAGAUUGACAAGGAAACGCAUAGCUGAAAGAAGACAUCUAGAAAAUCGGUGGCUACGCGAGAAGACACGCGAAGAACGGCGCGGAGUCACUAGCCGCGGGAAUAGAGAGCGAUCCGGGGAGAAGCGGUCAAAGAGGCCGUCACUGACUGAGGAGUUACACAAAGAAUAGGGCCAGCAACGGGAAAGGGAAUCGCCAGGAAAGGAGCGAAGGGUGUGAUAGGAAAAUUGCCUGAAGAAAAGUGAACGGCAGUGGAAGAAAAGGAAGGUGCUGAAAAGACAGACCAGCAAGGCGAUUGGUCACCUGAAAGUGUUCAAGCUGUGACCGAAUAAUAUUAUUUUUUCCAUUCACAAAGGGGAAAAAUGAAUUUGAUGAAAAAGAGAAAAUGCACCAAUAUCGCCAUCGGAUUAAUUUUUCUCUUUAGCGGGAUUGAAUACGCUGUGAUAUUGCCUACUAUCUGGAUGUACCUGCAGACUCUGCAUGCACAGCCUUAUUUUCUGGGGCUGGGUCUCUCCGCAUUCAGCCUGACUGGACUGCUGGCUGGACCUUUGUUUGGACAUUGGUCUGACCGGACUCACAAGACCAAGGCAGUUAUCUUGUUCGCCAACUUAUUUGAAAUUUCAGGUAACUUUAUGUAUUUCAUGGGAACUUCCAAGUGGCUUCUGCUGUCCAGCCGAUUAGUUGCAGGUAUUGGGACUGGAGCAGGGGCCUCCAUUUUUGGCUAUCUGACCCGAGCCACUGCACCAGUGGACCGUUCUGCUGUAUUUGCUGCUGUUAUGGCCUGCAGGCAGACUGGACUACUUAUUGGUCCAGCAUUCAAUCUCUUCCUGCGUCUGUGUGACUUCAAGUUGGGUCCAUUUCAAGUGAACAAAUACACGUCUCCUGGGCUCUUCAUGUGUCUCAUGUGGCUGCUACUUCAGGUGGUGGUGGCCCUCCUAUACUGGGACCUCCCCCCACGAAAGGAUGAAAAUGGGAAGGAUGAAGAAAAUAAGCCCCUUGUCCAGUCUUGUGACCCAGAGACUUAUAGAAGCAUUAACUGUGAUCAAACUUCCACCGAGGGGCAUGAGAGCCCCACUGAUGUUCACAUACAGUCUCCCUUCCAUAACUUCAGUGCACGUAAAGAGUAUCUCCGAGAGGAGGUGGUUGUCCUGUUGACAGCACAGUUUGUGACACUCUUCAACCAGACAGCCUUGGAGACAAUGGUGACACCCCUCACUCAGAAGUACUUCGGCUUCAGUGAACUGGAGAAUAGUGUCAUGUACUGCUUAUGUGGCAUUGAGGUGAUAGGUGGCUUCUUCCUGGUGCGCUGGCUCAGCAGUCGUAUAUCUGACAGGAUUAUUCUUGCUGUGGGAUUGUUAAUCUGUAAUGUCUCCUGCGUGUGGUGCCUUGUUUUCUUGGCCAGUCCCAGAGGUGGACCACACUGGCUUUUGGCAGAGUUCAUAAUAGGGGUCUUCCUGCAGGUGCUGGGUCUGCCCUUUGUUGCAGUUUCACAGGUAUCUCUAUUCUCCAAGCUGACAGCCGAGAAGACACAAGGGUUUAGCCAGGGUCUACGGCGCUCUGUUGGUGGUUUGGCUACAAUACUUGGCCCUUUGUGGGCAGGAGGUCUAACUGGCAGCCUGUAUAUCAUGAUUGGUAUGAUGAUGGCCCUCCUGAUUCUGCUGACAGUGAUGAUGGCCCUAUCUUUCAAGUAUCUCGUGGAGCCGCAUGUUGGAAAUGAUCAGACAGGGGUCCCAGAGGAUUGUGGGUAAAGGUGCCUGAAUGAGUGCUGUCUGACCCGAGGGUCUCUCUGGACAAUGCCGCUCAUAGAUCCAAGGCAAAAAGGAUACAAGACCACCACUGCAGAACCAGCUCUUGAGUGACCCACCUCUGAACUACCAUGCCCCCCGUCCCCCAUCUGAUCCGUUCAGCCUGAUUUCAAUAUACACGCUUGACAUCUGUGGCACUUCAUCUACAGAAGUGGAAUGUGGGAUGUGCUAGGGAGUGUGCUAAUGAAGGUGAUAGUCUACUGGGGUGCAGAACUGCUGUUGCUGGAUGUUCUGGUAUUAAACUGUACCACGUCAAACUGUC